CUCUGUCAGCCUUGCUCCACAGAGUCCACAGUGAGGAGCGGGUGUCCGACGGCAGCGCCGAGCCUGUGGACAGUGGGGGUUGGUCCCGUGGCUCCGGCCCCCGGUGCAGAAUGGCGACGGCGGUUCGGAUGAACAUCCAGUUGCUCCUUGAGGCGGCCGACUACCUGGAACGGCGGGAGAGAGAAGCUGAACAUGGUUAUGCCUCCAUGUUACCAUACAAUAACAAGGACAGAGAUGCCUUAAAACGGAGGAACAAAUCCAAGAAGAGUAACAGCAGUAGCAGAUCAACUCACAAUGAAAUGGAGAAGAAUAGACGAGCCCACCUUCGCUUGUGCCUGGAAAAGUUGAAGGGGCUGGUCCCACUUGGGCCCGAAUCAAAUCGACACACUACAUUGAGUUUAUUAACGAAAGCCAAAUUGCACAUAAAGAAACUUGAAGAUUGUGACAGAAAAGCCAUUCACCAAAUAGACCAGCUUCAGCGAGAGCAGAGGCACCUGAAGAGGCAGCUGGAGAAGCUGGGCAUCGAGAGACUACGGAUGGAUAGCAUUGGCUCGACGGUCUCCUCGGUGCGCUCAGAUUCUGACAGGGAAGAAAUUGAUGUUGAUGUUGAAAGCACAGACUAUCUUACCAGGGAUCUGGACUGGAGCAGCAGCAGCGUGAGUGAUUCUGACGAGCAGGGCAGCAUGCGGAGCCUGGGCAGCGACGAGGGCUACUCUAGCUCUAGCAUCAAGAGAAUAAAGCUCCAGGACAGUCACAAGACAUGUCUUGGUCUAUAAAAGACAGUGGUUGCUACGACUUCCUCUUGAUGGGUCUCCCUUUCGGAUCUUAUUAGGUAGUGUACUGGAUUCUCUCACAGUCACUUUGCACGUAAACGUCAGUGUACCUACCACUUUUACCAAAAUCAGCUUUGUACAAGUUGUGAAGGAAGUGCUUAGGACUGUG